AUUGCUGGUGGUGUCGUUUCGGGUAUUGGAAUGUUUCUUUUGAUAAAAUCGAAUGAAUUAAGACCUACGAACGCAGCCUAUGCUAUUCCCAUUUUCAUCACAGUUUUGGGAUUUGUGGCUCUUGUGUUUGGAUUCUUGGGCUUCCUUGGAGCAAUCAAACUCAACAAAUGCCUACUGAUGAUGUUCAUUAUUGUAGUAGGAAUAACAAUUGCUCUUGAAUUCACUGGUGGAAUAUUACUUAUUGUCUACAGUGAGAAAGUGGGCCUCGGAUAA